UGGCAGCCAUCAUGAAGGGUACAGUCGUGAUCAGCUGUCUCCUGUCCCUGCUGCUUUUGCAGGCCACAGCAGAGGAAGAAAAAGUAGAAGACUUCAUCUCCGCCCUCAGAGACAGAUCUCACAUCGAUGAGACGCUGCGGCUUGCAACUGAGGACAAAUCAGGAGACUAUGCAGUGGCCAUUGAGAAUUUGCGGAAGAUCUACCACUCAUCCAUCAAGCCGAUGGAGCAGGCCUACAAGUACAAUGAGCUGAGGCAGCACGAGAUCUCAGAUGGAGAGAUUACCUCCAAGCCAAUGGUGCUGUUCCUGGGACCCUGGAGUGUAGGAAAGUCCUCCAUGAUCAAUUACCUCCUGGGCAUGCAAGAUAGCCCCUAUCAGCUCUACACAGGAGCUGAGCCUACUACCUCUGAGUUCACUGUGAUUACGCAUGGGGAGAAGAUCCGCUCAGUUGAGGGUAUUGUAAUGGCAGCAGACAGCUCUCGGUCCUUCUCUCCCUUGGAGAAGUUUGGGCAAAACUUCCUUGAAAAGCUGGUUGGUAUUGAGAUGCCCCAUAAGAUGUUGGAACGUGUGACUUUUGUGGACACACCGGGAAUUAUUGAGAACCGGAAGCAGCAGGAGAGAGGCUAUCCCUUCAAUGAUGUUUGCCAGUGGUUCAUUGACCGUGCUGACCUGAUCUUCGUAGUAUUUGACCCCACCAAGUUGGACGUAGGCCUUGAGCUGGAGAUGCUCUUCCGACAGUUGAAGGGCCGUGAAUCCCAGAUCCGCAUCAUCCUAAACAAGGCUGACAACCUUGCCACCCAGGACUUAAUGAGAGUCUAUGGUGCUCUCUUUUGGAGCUUAGCUCCGCUCAUCAAUGUGACCGAACCCCCCCGUGUCUACGUCAGCUCUUUCUGGCCAUAUGACUACGCUCCUGACACCAGCCGUGACCUCUUCAAACGGGAAGAGAUCUCUCUCCUGGAAGAUCUGAACCAGGUGAUUGAAAACCGCAUGGAGAACAAAGUUGCUUUCAUCCGCCAACACGGCAUCCGCGUGCGCAUUCACGGCCUGCUGGUAGACCGCUACGUUCAGACCUUUAAAGAGAAGAUGAGCUACUUCAGUGACCCUGAACUAGUCUUCAAGGAGAUCGUAGAUGACCCAGACAAGUUUUACAUUUUCAAAUCCAUCCUAGCCAAGACCAACAUCAGCAAGUUUGACCUGCCCAACCGCGAUGCUUACCGUGACUUCUUUGGCGUUAAUCCUGUCACCAACUUCAAGCCCCUGACAGCUCAGUGCUCCUACAUGGGUGGCUGUCUGCUGGAUAAGAUUGAGAAGGCAAUCACCAAUGAGCUGCCCGCCCUUCUGAGCAGCAUUAACUCAGGCAAGCAGCCUGGCCUGACCUCCUGUGAGGCUACGGGCUGUGGUGAGAAGCCAAAGAAUCGUUAUCGAAAGAACUGAGGAAAUCCAAAUAACUUGAGUGGGUGAAGUAAGAAGAGAAGGGGUCGGGUGGGAGCCACCCUUGCGUUUGUCAGAAUGCCUGUAUUGAUGAAGAAGACAGAGGAGAAGGGAGAUUAGUGUUUGUUUUUUUCCUCAGGAUAAUAUGGGGAGUUGCAUUUAGGGACUGUAUUAAUGAGACAGAUAAAAGAAGCGAAUGGUCAUUGUUUGAUAAGGCAGCUUAAGGACACACAUGCUGAAGAAAUAAGAAAAUGCCACUAAUCACUGAGUUUUGUUAAAAUAUAUGCCCUUCUCUCCCUUGUACAACCACAGGGUUCUUUUGGGUGGGGAAUUAAUUAUGUAAAGAAGCACAGAAAUGAAAAAGUAAAAUUCAGUAAAAUCUUGAUAACCCUGAGACUGAAAACAGUCAAAUACCAGCUCCCUUGUAUGUGAAUAAAAUGGGAAAAAGUGGAAACAGAAGUUGCAAAUUUGUGUUGUAAAAUCUUGAGAACUGCAUUGCAGAAAGUCAAUUCCAUAAACUUCAAAAGCCGAUUUUGAAGUAGUCUUUUUUGUGGGUGCUAUAAGCCUUUGCAUUUGUCAUCCAACUCUUGCGUUUGACAUAGAUUAACUUUAACAAUGCAUGUUAGAUCUUAUUUAACAGAUGCAUGUAAUUCCUGCUAGCAUAACGUUUUAAAAAUAAUAUUUCCUUAUGUAACUGAAACCUGAACCAACCCUGCCAUGCAACAAAUAAGGCCUUUUUUUCUCCAUUUAUUUUAUACGCUCAUCAGUCCUGGUUGUUGACAACUUAUGACAUGGGCACUGUGAUAGAAGCAGAGUUCAGGGUUCAAGGGUCAGACUCUUCAGAGCGGGCUGGGUAUGUUAAUUUUGCUUCACUUCUUAACUGUUCUUACUGUUUUCUGUAUGCGUCUAUAAAUUUGCCAGUCUUUGGCAGGAAUUCAAUACUGUGUUAUGAUUUUCUUUCCCCUUUUAGCUGAAUGACCAUGACAAACAAAGAUGGAGGAUGUGUUUUGAUUAAAGCUGUCUUAUUCAACCAUUUAUUUUGCAGGAUAGAAAGCUAUUUAUUGGUUUGAAUGUGUAAUUAUUCCAAAUGGGCAUUGAAGUAGUCUGUGUAGGUGUACUGAAUACUCCCUGCUUUACAUUUGUAUAAACUACCACAACAAGAAUGCGUUUUCCUAGCUUGCAAAAGCCGGGCUGCAGGUAAAGGUAAAAUUGAGGACUUCUGAGUUUACCCCUGACCUCUGUGGAAAGAAGUAAGCUGACAGAAGGCCUACUGACAUUUACAUCCACAAUAUUUUACAAUGACGCAUGUAGUAGAUGCAAAUUCUUAUGUAAGCCUACCUCAAACAACUUUCCAUGAGUAUGGCAUGGUAAAUCUGCUAAAAAUAGUUUGACAUUUUGGGUACAAGUGUUUGGCCAGUCGCAGUAACUUCGAGAAAAUGGGUUGCUAGGCAAAUAGCAGAGACUCAUGGAACUUACUGCUGCCAGCCCAGAAAUAGUUUUGCACAUCGUUUAAACUCUGCGUAAACUGAAUUUAACAUAGGCCUACUAUACAUGUCGCCUGCGGGGUUCUGUAGGUAUAGGUAGGCGGACUUUGUUUUUCCUAACCUAGACAUACGUAGGCUAUAUGUUUCCAGACUAAGCUAAUCUACGCUAAAUGUCUGCUAGCUACACAUCCAUAAAUGUGGUAUCAAUCUACUAAAACGUCAAAACUAUUGCCUUAAUUAACCGAUUUCCAAAUAAUCAAAGGAUAGGUAAAGAGUAAUAGGCCUACCCAUUGUAAUACAUAUUUCCGAAAUGUUAACUCAUGGACAAUAGCUAGUCCAGUUCCCUCUCCCUCACUAACCCCAUUUGUUUACCUUACUAAACACUGAAACAUAAUGAAAAAUAUAAGAAACCAACAAACGUUUUUUAGUUUCCCUUGUUUAUUUGAUUGUGUGUGCUCCACUGAAUGUGUUAGUAUGUUUACACUGCAGAUACAGAAGAUGCCCACCAGAGAGCGCUGUGUAAAAGUGUAAAAAGAUACACAGACCAUUAUUACUCAUGGCAGUCGUUUAUUGUUAGAGUGAUAGUUUGGGAUAAUCACAUGUGUGAUAAUGCUUUUGCUAUAUUUCUGCAUCAAUUUUCCUAAUUUAAUCGUGAAUAAGAUCUGGAACGAAUGUGUGUCCAAUUAAAGUAGUUAUUCAUUAACCUUUUAUUUUGUUUGGUAUAAUAACAUCUUCAUUAAUCUUGGCCCAAUUUUGGAAGCUUGGUCAUCAAGAAUAAAGAUUUCUGAUUGACUAGGAA